AUGCAUAAUGAAGAGAAGUUGAUGAAGGUCUUUUGGCUUAGGCCAGCUUUCCACAAACAUUCAAUAGGGUCCAAGCUCUUCAGAUCAUUCAAAUAUGGCGGAUCAUCAUGGUCGUCAUCUUUAACAAAAUUUACGCUUCUCGUUUUCUUUGUCAUCCUUAUAAUCUCCGUGCUCGUCUUUCAAGGGUGGAUCGAUUUCGGUAAAUACGCUGCGUACCACUUGUCCCAAAAAGCCCUCCCAGCCAUCACCCAAAAACCCAGAAAUGCCCUCGAGUUUCCCCUGGACUGCACCGCAUGGAAUAACAGCCGCACCUGCCCCAGAAACUACCCGAAAUCAUCACCGCCGCUCGACCCGUCGCCGGGAUCCAGCUCAGCCUGCCCGGAGUAUUUCCGAUGGAUCCACGAGGACCUGAAGCACUGGAAGAAAACCGGGAUAACGAAGGAGAUGGUGGAGAGAGCGCGACGGACGGCGCAUUUCCGGCUGAUAGUCUCCGACGGGAGGGUCUACGUGGAGAUGUUCCGGCCGUCGAUCCAGACGCGCGCGCUGUUCACGAUGUGGGGGAUUGUUCAGAUGAUGAGGUGGUACCCGGGGAGACUGCCUGACCUGGAGCUGAUGUUCGAUUGCGAUGACAGGCCCGUCGUGGCGGCGAAGGAUUUCCGGCGUCCGGGCUCAGGGCCGCCGCCGCUGUUCCGGUACUGUUCUGACUGGGCGAGCUUGGACAUCGUAUUCCCCGAUUGGUCCUUUUGGGGCUGGGCUGAGACGAACAUAAGGCCAUGGAGAAGUGUGCUGAAGGACAUAAAAGAAGGGAAUGAGAGGACAAAAUGGGAAGAUAGAGUGCCAUAUGCUUACUGGAAAGGCAACCCGCACGUUUGCCCCUGGAGGGCUGACCUUAUGAAGUGCAAUGUGACUGACCAGAAUGACUGGAAUGCUCGACUUUAUGUUCAGGAUUGGAUUGCAGAGUUUCAAAAAGGAUACAAGGGAUCAAAUCUUGGAGACCAGUGUACCCACAGGUACAAAAUCUACAUUGAAGGAUGGGCUUGGUCCGUGAGCGAAAAAUAUAUUUUAGCCUGUAAUUCUCCCACCUUGCUAAUGACUCCCCGGUGGUACGAUUUCUUCAUACGGGGAAUGGUCCCUCAGCACCAUUAUUGGCCCGUUAUGGACAACGACAAAUGCAAGUCCCUAAAAUAUGCCGUUGAAUGGGGAAACAAUCACACCGAAAAGGCAAAGGCAAUUGGGGAAGCCGGGAGCCGAUUUAUCCACGAGGACAUGAAAAUGGAGUAUGUUUAUGAUUACAUGUUUCAUUUGCUUAAUGAAUAUGCAAAGCUCUUGAAUUACAAGCCCAAUGUGCCUCCGAAUGCGGUGGAGCUUUGUUCGGAGUCAAUGGCGUGCACUGCAAAUGGGAUUUGGAGGACUUUUAUGGACGAAUCUUUGGAAAAAUCGCCAAGUGGCUCGGCUCCUUGCACGAUGGUCCCACCUUACGAGCCUCGAGAGCUCAAGGCUUUUACUGAUGAGAAGGCAAAAGCGACUGAAGAAGUUGAGACAUGGGAGAAACAGUAUUGGGACAAAAGAAACGAGAAGAGCUUAUGA